AUAACAGCACAGGAAGCAUCUCGUUUUCACAAUGAGGUUUCAGUGCGCGAGCGGAGAGAAGUUUUAAUCCCGAGUAAGAAGAGUUUAUACAGGAAAGGGAGAGUUUUACAGCGCUUCAGAGAGAGAGAGAGAGAGAAGAGUUUUACAGCGCUUCAGAGAGAGAGAAGAGUUUUACAGCGCUUCAGAGAGAGAGAGAGAGGGAGGGAGGAGGCCAGAUGUGCAGUGUGCGUGUUCUUCACUUCUCCUCGCUGUAGUUGUGGAGUGAAGAAUCUCUCAGAGGAAACUCGGUCAUGGCACAGGUUGGGGAUGUGCAGUAUGAGCCGGUGGCGGAGAUUGGGGGUGGGGCUUAUGGGACGGUGUAUAAAGCGCGAGAUAAAGAGAGCGGCAAGUUCGUGGCUCUGAAGAGCGUCAGAGUGCAGACAGAUCAGGAGGGACUCCCACUGUCCACCGUGAGAGAGGUGGCUCUGCUCAGACGCCUGGAACAGUUCGACCAUCCCAACAUCGUCAAGCUGAUGGAUGUGUGUGCAAGUUUGAGGACGGAGCAGGAGACGAAGGUGACGUUGGUGUUUGAACACGUGGAUCAGGAUUUGAAGACGUAUCUGGAGAAAGCGCCGCCCCCUGGACUGCCCCUUCACUGUGUCAGGGAUCUGAUGCGUCAGAUGCUGUGUGGUUUGUCGUUCCUUCACUCUCACCUGGUUCUCCAUCGGGACCUAAAGCCGGAGAACAUCCUGGUGACGAGUCGUGGUCAAAUCAAACUCGCCGACUUUGGGCUGGCUCGAAUAUACAGCUGUACCAUGGCUCUAACACCUGUGGUGGUGACUUUGUGGUACCGUUCUCCGGAGGUUCUACUCGGUUCUAGUUACGCCACGCCGGUGGAUCUGUGGAGUACUGGCUGCAUCUUUGCCGAGAUGUUCAUGCGCAAGCCGCUGUUUUGUGGAGAAUCAGAAGUGGACCAGCUCACCAAGAUCUUCUCUGUGAUUGGUCUGCCCAGUGAGGAGGAGUGGCCUAAAGAUGUCACACUGUCACGAGAAAACUUCAGUCCUCAGAAUCCUCAACCAAUCACAGACCACAUCCCUGAGUUAACCAACGAGGGGGCAGAUUUGCUCAUGAAAAUGUUGACCUUUGACCCCCUGAGACGGAUCUCAGCCCUGAAAGCUCUGGAGCACGGCUUCUUCUCCGACCAAUCACUGAACUCUAAUGGCAGCCAGUUGCUUCUUCUUUAAAAGAAAAUUCCAGAAUUCUGAUUUUAGUCCAGAGUUUAUCGACUUCAUCACGUGUCAUAAAUCACAGGGACCAAAAACUGACCUUUAACCUACAUUCCUGUUAAACUUUGCAUGUACAGCGUGACUGUUUUAUUUUUCUUUUUUCCUCAUUGUGCUACACCUCCCUCAGCUGAGCGCUCAGUAACACUCAGGGUCGCGACCCGACCAAGACAUGACGAGUGGAAACGUGAGCUCGGUAUCCGUGAAAGUCACGUGACUCUGCGAACACCGCUGUUGAUUUCACACCGUCUCUGUGCACAAGCAGCACUUCAGCAGUUAAAGUGUGUGCUGGGGUUUCACACUAAACAGUGUUAAUAACGAGAUAAAUCGGUAUUCUUCUCAGCACUCGGCCGGGUUUCUCUCAUGUCCACACAUGCAGACUUUAAUUUCUGCUUCACGCUGAACUGGAGGUUGUUCGAUUCCAUCACGUCUCAGCUGCAUUCGCCUUGUCGCUCCUGUGUGCGAAUUAAAAAAAAGCAGAAUUUAGACACCAAAUCUCAACAUCUCGGCUGAUCAAUGACAUUUGGAGUAAAAGGGACAUUUUAUUUUCUAAUUUAAGCUGAAUUGUUUCUUUUUGGUUUUUUAAAGUAAUUUUUUAACAAUCAAUUAAAUUAUUUCAUACAGAGGUGCAGCUUUUCCAGUCCAGAGAUAAAUCCAGUGUGCAGUGCUGAUCAGUGUCAGUAUUCCCACAAUCAUCUGAUCCACAGGUUAAUAAUUCUCCAGAAUAAUUGAUAAUUUGUUGUUUCUGAUUUAUUUCUAUUUUUAUAAACAGCUAAUCAGCAGAUAAUAAACUGAACACUUUUCCACUUUGUAAUAAAAUCUGUAGUGAUUGAUUAGCACCAGGUGAAGAUAAUUAAUAAUGUCAUUCUGUUCUCUUCCUGGAAAUAUUUUUAAAUACAAUUCAUCUAUAAUAAAAGUGCUAUUAUUAUUAUUAUUAUUGCAGGAUGAUCUAGAGAACAGAUGCAAGCUGAUAUUAAAUGAUCAUAUUGUUCUCGCUACCUAAAUCUUUAUUACACUAUUAAAAAAACCACAAUGUUGUGCGUCAUUGAUUAUUGAAGUAAAAUCUGUUUCUGUUCUGAACAGAGAGUGAAGACAGACGAUAUUCUUCAUGAUGAGAAAACUGUGUGUUUUUGAUGGAACCUCUGAUUAAAGGUGUGUAAAUGAUGCUCGGUGUGCAGCUGAGACUCCGCCUCCUCGUCACCAGUGCCGAGUUAGAAAUGUUCCUUUAACCCCUGAUUUAAGAGAGACGCAGGUGUUAAAGUGAUCGUGGAGGUGUGUAAAUACAGACCCGAGUGAGACGGUACACACACACACGGUUCUCCACCUGAAUGUGUCUGUGUUCUCCGUGUUCCUCGCCUGGAGUUUGUGUGAGUUCUGCUUUAGUCGUUAAGGACAGUGAAUGUUGGUCUUGUGAGAAUUUCCUGUUUAAUUUUCUCAUUAAACGCAUUUCUUUUUUCCAGCUCA